CAUGCGCAGUGAGUGCAGGUGUACUUCCUGUCAAGAUGGCGGCGAGCAGAGGCCUGGCUGCCCUGUGGAGGACAAGCAGCAGUAAGUCUCCGCUGUUCCCCGGCCUGCCCGUCUGCGCCGCCCGCACACAGAGCUCUGUGAGCGGCCACCUGCUGCCCCGGACCUCCCUCUCCAGGCCUCCGUGGUCGGAGCAAAGCUGCGUGGUUUCAGCGGAGGAGGAGCGGAGCAGACACGCCGCCGUGGUGAGCGCCGUCAACCAGCGGAUCCAGAAGCAGGACUUCGGCAGGCUGUUCGCUGUGGUUCACCUGGCCGGCCGCCAGUGGAAGGUGACCAACGAGGACCUGAUCCUGAUCGAGAACCACAUCGAGGCGGACUGCGGGGAGCGGAUCAUCCUGGAGAAGGUGCUGCUGGUCGGGGCGGAGGACUUCUCGCUGGUCGGCAGGCCUCUCCUGGGGAAGGAGCUGGUGAGGGUCAGAGCCACGGUGAUCGAGAAGACCCAAUCCUGGCCCAAAGUGCACAUGGUGUUCUGGAAACGGCACCGCUUCCAGCGGAAGAGGAUCAUCGUUCAGCCGCAGACGGUGCUGAGGAUCAACAGCAUCGAGCUGAACCCCCAGCUGUCCUGAUCCACUGACUCUGAACCUGCAGCUCCUCUGGGUUCCUCCCAGGAACCAGCUGACAUGAUGCAGCUGCUGAUCAUCUGAUCCAUUAAAGUUUCCCUUUGCAAUCAGGAAUCUGCUCCUUCCUAAGGUCAAACUAACAUCAGCACCAUGAUUAGGAGCUGGAACCUGAAUGAUCAUUAAAAUAAAAAAAACUUUGUUAAACUCA